UUCUUAAUUUAUAAAUUAAAUUAAGCUAGAACAAUUUAAAAAACUCCCAACCCAUCAAAUUUAUUAGUCCUUCACUCCCUAUCAUUUCGUUUUACCAAGUUCAUAUACUCAAAAAUUUUAUUCAUUACUACCCAAAUACUUGAGCAUUACAUACUAGUAUCUUCAUCAUCAUUAUCAAUAGUCAUUAGAAAAUGGUACCAAAAGUUCACGCAGGAAUGGAAGUGGACAUGGCUGGGAAUGAGGAUUCUGGAAAAAGUGUAGUAAAGGGAGAGAAAAUGAAGUAUUAUCUUGAGAAAGUGAAAAGGCUUCCUAAAUUGGUUUGGAAAACUAUGUGGAGAGUUGGGAAAGAAGAUCCAAGGAGAGUGAUUCAUGCCUUGAAAGUUGGUUUGUCACUAACACUGGUUUCGUUGUUGUAUUUGAUGGAGCCUUUGUUUGAAGGGAUUGGACAGAAUGCCAUUUGGGCUGUCAUGACCGUUGUUGUCGUUCUUGAGUUCACUGCGGGGGCAACUUUGUGCAAAGGACUAAACAGAGGAUUAGGAACUUUGAUAGCUGGAUCAUUGGCAUUCUUGGUGGAGUACAUAGCCACUGAAACCGGUCACGUUUUCCGAGCUGUUUUUAUCGGAACAGCUGUUUUUGUCAUUGGAGCAUUAUCAACUUAUUUAAGAUUCUUUCCCUACAUAAAGAAGAACUUUGAUUAUGGAGUUGUAAUAUUCAUGUUGACGUUUAAUCUGAUAACUGUGUCGAGUUACCGAGUCCACAAUGUGUUAAAAAUCGCUCAUGAACGAUUCUACACCAUUGCAAUCGGCUGUGGUAUUUGCCUACUUAUGAGUCUACUCGUUUUUCCAAACUGGUCCGGGGAAGACCUUCACAAUAACACCGUUUUCAAGCUUGAAUGCAUAGCCAAAUCCAUUGAAGCUUGUGUGGAUGAAUAUUUCAACGUUGCUGUACUUGAAGAAGAUGUUGACAAAUCAGCUGAAGAAGAUCUCGUAUACAAAGGUUUCAAGGCUGUUUUAGACUCCAAAUCUAUUGAUGAGACAAUGGCUUUACAUGCAAGUUGGGAGCCAAGGCACUCAAGACACUGUCACAGAUAUCCAUGGCAGCACUAUGUUAAAUUGGGAGGAGUUCUUCGCCAAUUUGGAUACACUGUCGUAGCUCUUCAUGGCUGUUUGCAAACUGAAAUUCAGUCAUAAACACAACGAAAUCAAAAAAGACAAGGAAAAGAAAGAAAGUGAUACGUAUGAAUUCAAUAUUCAUGUGGUUGAUGGUACUCCAAUUGAUUUUUGGGGCUAUUUACAAGAGGGAAGGGCCAAAAGGACAUAUAGAAAGCCACAUAAGAAACAGUCAGUUUGAUCAUUGGUAUGUUGUGUGGUUUUGGUCGAACAUUUCCAAGGUGGUGUAUGAAUCAGACUUGAAUAUAUUAUAGGCUGCUGCACUACCUCUUGUCUCUUGGUGCUACUUAAAAGAAAAUGAAAUGCUCCGUAUUCUUCCUAAAGUGAUCGAAUGAAUAGCUUUCAUCUUGAGCAAGUGUGAGGUGGACACUCCUUUUGGUCCAUUGUCAUUGGUAUUCUGGCGUUUAGUUGAUCAGAAGAAAAAUCAAGAGGAAGAAAAGAAAAGGGCUCAUCAUAUAAAAUGUAUUUAGAUAUGAAAGGCAACCAACAUGGUUGUUAAGUCUAGUCUAGUUAGGCUUAUAUGGUAUUAGUUUAGGAGAAAUGAAAUGUGGUCUAAGUAUGUAAAUCACAUAUAUAUGUUGUUACAUGCUAAUACUACUUAGUUGAAACAUUAUCAUAAACUUGUCUAUUUAGAAGUAAAAUAUAAUGGACACUGUAUUCGCUAAUAUAAUUUGUUUUUUUUAACACUAAACUAAGCUAGUCUCUUCAUGAAAACGAUACUGGUAUAUCAUAU